AUGUCAACCAACCCGAAUGCCAACGGUUCUUCCUCCCAAGUGCUCACGGAGGAGAACUCCAUGCGGGACAGCGUAAAGAUUAUCACAGGGGUAAUAUUCAGCUUCAUCUUCCUGGCUGGUGUGACUGGGAAUGGGGUAGUCCUAUGGGUCACUGGGUGGAAGCUGCGAUGGACUUCCAACACUGUCUGGUUCUUCAAUCUGGCCUUAGCCGACUUAGCAUCCACCUCCCUCAUCCUUGUCACGGUACUCAACUUGGCUCUUGACCUCCAUUGGCCUUUUGGCUCCGUGGCUUGCAAAGUGGCCAAUUGCCUCUUCGGGCUGAGCGUGUGUAGUGGCGUGUUGUUGCUGAGCUCCAUCAGUGUGGAUCGCUGUGUGUUGGUGGUGGCUCCUGUCUGGUGCCAGAACUACCGCACGCCCCGGCUUACCUGGGCGGCUUGUGGAUUCCUUUGGCUCCUGUCGUUGGCAUUCUUCGUUCCCAGCUCGUACUUCUUCACCCAGGUCUCCGUGGAUAACAACAACCGGAGUUCUUGCAACAACCUGGACAUCUUCCAGGACUGGCAACAAGCCGAAGUCCUCACCAUUUGCAUUUUUCUUUAUCAAUUCCUCCUUCCCUUACUGGUCAUCUCCAUUUCCUACACAAUCCUGGUGGUGACCAUGAGCAAGAAGAAGCUGAACAAAUCCAGCAAACCCUUCCUGGUCAUCACCAGAGUGGUCUUCUGCUUUUUCCUCUGUUGGCUCCCUUAUCACGCUUUGGCUCUGGCCAGGAUCUCAAUGGAUCUCGUGCCCGAGAGCAUGCGACUGGUGGCCAUUCCCCUCUCCAAAUGCUUGGCCAUGUUCAACAGUUGCAUCAACCCCUUGCUUUAUGUCUUUGUGGGGCAGGAAUUCCAGGAUGCAGUCCGGAGAUCUUUGCUGCAGGUCUUCAGGACUGCUUUUGAGGAAGCACCUCUGGGCGCCAACCUCUGA